AUGCUGUUCAGCAGUCCACAGCAGAGCAGGCUGGCUAGCCGCUGGAGCAGUGACUUCUGGGUGCCCAAUCCUCGGCGACGCAGCCACAGUCUUAAUACUACUAAGUUCCAUACUAUGAAUGAUGGAGUCACAUUCAGCAUUUCCAAUUCGGAUGAUGACGACUCUUAUGAUAAUCAGGAGGCUUCUUUCACAAAACCAAAAGGUGACAAUUCAGGCUCAAGAGGACAAAAGUUAGGUACGAAGGACCUACGCUCUCGCAGCUCUUCAUAUCUCAACCUACCAUCGUGUUGCGGUGUCUCCACACAGCAGCACUCCUGUAUCCUACAGUGCUCUCUACCAAAUUUGAAAGCACGAGGAAAGAACUUGUGGAAAAUGCAGAACUGCGGAGAUUCAUUUCAUGAGCUUACAGCAAGCCAACAACAAUUGACCCUUCGUCACACACCACCCAUUACACAGUCUCCAGGCAUGAACUCCAGCGUGCCCCUGGCCCCCACGCUUUCCCUCGGUUCCCAUGUGACAGUCCAUGACUCCUCUUUGGAACUGCUCUCAGCUCUCAGCCCUGAAGAACAGCAGCUCUUGGAGGCUGUAACUGAGCAUGGAUACCCACUACGGACAGCCAUCAUUGCCCUACAGAAAACAGGCCAUCUGUGCCCAGAGCAGAUCAUGAGUUACCUAGUGGCAAGUGAGAAUCUGUGUGAACUUGGCUAUGACGAGUGUCAAGUAGAGGAAGCUCUGGAGAUGUUUCAGAACUGUGAGACAAAGGCCAAGGAGUUUCUUCACCUUCUCACGCAGUUUCAUGAGAUGGGCUUUCAGCAGAAUGCUAUCAAAGCUGUCCUGCUGAUGCAUGGGAACCACCGAGAUCGUGCCCUGGAAGAGCUUAUGAUGCAUGUCGCCUGAUCAACCCAGCCAUACAGUAAAUUUUUUAUAUUGAUGUUGGAGUACACUUAAAGCUGAGAACUGUGGCCUUGAGAGAAGUUACUUGAUUGCACUUAUAUGAAAGAAAGUUUUCUAUGCCCAACAUAUCCCAUCUGGAUAUCUGAUUUUGUUUAUUCUGUAAAUCUAUUUAUUGAUUGCAUAUCAUUUAUCAGUUGUAUAAUAAACAUACAUUUUUAAAAUUAGGAACACACACACAUAUAUACACAUCAAUAUCUAUAUAAAAAUGGAAAAAUAUAUGUUUAUUUGUUGUAAUCAGUAUAAAUGAAAUACUUCAUGGUG